UAGUCAAUUAUCGAACUCGAAAGAAACCAAUUCCUUGUGGAGUUUGGAUACAUAAUUAAGCCUAGCUUGUCCUAUUCAGUUCGGAUUUACAUUACCUUUAGUCGGUUCAGCCUUUAUAAAAGAAGGCAGAGUGACAGAGUCUACAUGUGAGCUGAUAUUAAUGGUGAAUAGAAAGAAAAACAUGACAAAGGGGAGAAGAAAAACUAGUCGUCAUGAGUUUUUCAAGUACUUUCCCAAAGAUUUAUUGACAGAAGUUCUUGCUCGCGUGGCCUCUGCAUCGAUUUCAGAUCUCUUCACAGCUAAAUUAAGCUGCAAAGAGUUUCUUGAAGCAGCAUCAGAGAACUAUAUUUUUGAACACAUCACAAUCGAGAAACUCCCAGUUAUUCCUUGGAGGAUUAGCCACGGUGCCUCCUCUUUCUUGGCCCGUUGCAAGGAGAAUGGGAACCCUGAAGCUUUAUUUAGACAAGGGAUGGUCGAGUUCUUUAGUUCCAACAAACCAGAAUCAGGAUUCCAACACUUGAAGAACGCGGCCAGAAAAGGGCACGUAGAAGCAAUAUACACAUGCGGCGUCAUCCUUGUAUGCCAUGGCGGGCAAUUUAAACAAGAGGGUAUAGAACUGCUUUCUUCUCUGAAGAACUACAAAUCAAGACACCGCACAAUUAAAGAGUGUAGAGACAAAAUAAAAGAGAUUCUUCAAAGCAUGUGGAUUGACAGAAGGGAAGCCGGUAUUGGACCAGAAGAACCCAAGAGCCAUGGAAGAACCUGCAACUGUAGCAAAUUUAACAAGAGAGGAUGGAUUGAUGAGGAAGAGUAUACCACUUGUGAUUAUUGCGUAUGGGAUCAUGAAGCAACUCUGUUUUGUAAAAUUCUAAGGGCUAGAGGCUUUGGAAUAUCAUAAUCAUUGUAUUCAUCGCUAAUCCUAUCUAGGAAUUUUCCCCAGAAACACCGCAGUAUUUGGCGCUGCUAGUCUAUAUCUAUAUAUAAUAGCACAAGUAUUGUUUUUUUUUAUAAAAAAAAUCAAUUGAAAAUCUGUACUGUAAGUUUAAGUUUACAAGAUAUAUUGAAUUGGUAGGAAGAACUAGGG